AAAAUAUCAUUAUCGAUGUAUCAACCAUCGAUAUCUCUUCGCCUCUAUUUUGUUUAAUGUUCAAAAAGGCCGAAUCAAGUGAAAAAAUAGUCUAAGGGAGCAAACAACUAAUAACAAAUUGCAUAUAUGUAUGUAUGUGUGUAAUAUGUAUGUAUAUGUGUGCGUGAGCAACAAGGCUGAUUAAUUUAAAACAACAAAAAAGUAACUAAACUAAACGACAAACAAGAAAGAUAGUUCGAGUAGUAAAAAAAUAAAACACAACUCAGGCAAUACAACAAAAUGGAAGCAAUUGCCAAACAUGAUUUCUCGGCGACGGCUGACGAUGAACUUAGUUUUCGUAAAACUCAAAUUCUAAAGAUAUUAAAUAUGGAAGACGAUUCAAAUUGGUAUCGCGCCGAACUGGAUGGGAAGGAAGGGCUGAUACCCAGCAAUUAUAUUGAAAUGAAAAAUCACGAUUGGUACUACGGACGCAUCACACGUGCCGACGCCGAAAAGCUGCUCUCGAAUAAACAUGAAGGCGCCUUUUUGAUACGCAUCAGCGAAUCCAGUCCCGGCGAUUUCUCCCUAUCCGUCAAAUGUCCCGAUGGCGUACAACAUUUCAAAGUUCUGCGCGAUGCACAAAGCAAAUUCUUCCUGUGGGUUGUCAAGUUUAAUUCCCUCAACGAACUGGUCGAAUAUCAUCGAACGGCGAGCGUAUCGCGAUCGCAGGAAGUUAAAUUACGUGAUAUGAUACCUGAAGAGAUGCUUGUGCAGGCGUUGUACGAUUUUGUGCCACAGGAAUCCGGGGAAUUGGACUUUAGACGCGGUGAUGUCAUCACCGUUACAGAUCGUUCCGAUGAGAAUUGGUGGAAUGGCGAGAUUGGCAAUAGAAAAGGCAUUUUCCCAGCAACCUACGUGACGCCAUAUCAUUCAUAAUAAACUCCGCGACCCCGCAACACACUCACAUGCAUUGGCAGCAUACAACAACAAAUUGAGAACCCACACACAACUAAAUGCGAAACUAAAACACAAAUUUCAAGUACUGUUCAACAUUUUUAAUAUGAAACAACAACAAAAUAUGAGACGUAUUUACAUUAUAAGCAUAUUGAGCCAAACGCAUUUUUUUUUACGUUUUUGACAUGCAGUUUGGAUCCGUGUUCUAAAUUGUAACAAAUGAUAAAAUAAUAAUUUAAAAAAUAUGAAUAUACCAACUAAACGGAUAACUGACAACUGCACCUUCUUAUAUUGAUAAAUAUAAGGAAUAGCACACUAUAUUAUUACUGUAACAAAAGGAUUUUUGAUAUAAAUAUAUAUUUUAAGUUUCAUCAAA